AUGACAUCGACUGUAGUGGCCACGAAGUCAAGCGUCGCCGCAAAUCACGUUGAGUUUCAAGAUGAGGGUGCACUAAAGCAUGAUGCUACCAUGAAUGCCGCACUAAAUGGCCAGGCUGUCUCCGGCUACGAGCAUCUAACUCCGUGGCAGACUGUCAAAGCCUUCAAGUUGUGCGCCUUGAUUUGCUUUGUUGCCGCUUUCAGCGCCGCUGCGGAUGGAUACCAGGUUGGCAUAAAUGCUAGUAUUAUCGCCAACACUGGCUUCGUGGCCCGUUUUGCUACCGCAUCUAAAAAUGGGAAACCCUAUCUGGUCGGAAAUAUCGUCGCUGCGUGGGGUUCCAUUAUGUCCGUUGGCCAAGUCAUUGGUAUGGUUUCUCUGCCGUUCUUAUCCAACAGAUAUGGUAGAAAGGUCGCCAUGUUCAUAUACUGGAUUAUCCUUGUGGCCAGCGUUCUCUGUGAGACUCUUGCUAGGACAUGGCAAGUCUGGCUAGUCGCCAAACUUCUCGCAGGCAUCGGCGUCGGUUGUCUGCAGACGACUAUACCAACUUACAUCACAGAACUUGCACCGGUACGCAUCCGUGGCGGGUUGCUGAUGUUCUAUAGUUUUUGGUGGACUCUCGGCGGCUUCAUGGCCCAUCUUGCUCUACAAAUGAUUUACGAAGAUAACCCAACAGAUUAUUUGAUCCCUAUUUAUACCCAGUGGGCGCAGAUCGGUAUUAUGUUCCUGAUCUAUGUCCUCAUACCCGAAUCACCAGCCUGGUGUGUAGGUGCCGGUCAUCUCAAAAGAGCAGAAAGGGAGCUGCUGAAAAUCAAUCGAGGGGUCAGAGAUUAUAAUGUCCAGCGGCAAUUGGAGGUUCUUUCCCUAGCUGUCGAACACGAACGCGCCAUCGCAUCAGAGCAGCAAAAGGAGAAAUGGUAUGCGAUCUUUCGAGGCACCGACAGAUUGCGAACAAUUGUUUCCUUGUGGACCAAUCUCACACAACAAUUCAUCGGACUGAGUCUUUUCGGCACUUAUGGCUCCUAUUUCUUCGGCCAGGCUGGUAUCAGUGAUCCUUUCAAAAUAACAGCAAUCACAUCGUCCAUUCAAAUUGCGUCUGUUAUCUGCACGGUUUUGGCUGCCGAUUUUGUUGGCCGGAGACGAAUUGCUUGCUGCGCUACAACACUUUGUUGGGUCUCGGAUGUGGCGAUCGGAAUCAUCGGUGUUGUGCCUCGACGUCAGGCAUCGAUACCCGUAUUCUUAGUAUUCGCCUGUCUUUGGAAUCUGGGAUUAGCAGCGAACGGCGCAACUGGCUGGGGUUAUAUUGGCGAAAUAUCCUCUCAACGAUUGCGGCCCUAUACUGCAGGAUUUGCAGCUGCAACGACGGCGAUUGCAGGAAUAAUCAUGGGACAACUCACGCCGCAUAUGGUUAACGCGAAUGAAUGGAACUGGAACCUGAAGACGGGCUGGUUUUACGCGGGAGUUGGUCUUCCGUUUACAGUCGGAAUGUGGUUUCUGAUCCCCGAGACUGCUAAUCGCUCCAAUGCUGAGAUUGAUGAGCUCUUUGAACGAAAGAUCAUGCCAUGGCGAUUCCAUAAGACGGAAACUGCCACUCAACGCAUUCUUAGUGCAGAGGCUCAUUUGGAAGCAGAGACAUAG